AUGAACAACAUAAAUAAUGGUGCAGCUGGAAGAAGUUUAAGGGGAAUUGACGUGAACACGGUGCCGGCGGAAGUGGCGGUGACGGUGGCAAUGACAACAGAUCUGGAGGAAGCAGCAGCGGUGUCACCGUCUUCAAACAGUGCAGCAGCAUGGUUUCAGUUGGAUCUCUGCAUAUUCAAUAGAGGAAGAAGUGUGAGUGGUGAGGAUGGUGAUGAAAGGCAAAUGGCUUAUUCUAAAGGAAGCGACGAGGAUAACAAUGGUGAUGGUGGUGGUGACUGUGACGAUGGCAGCGCAAGGAAGAAGCUGAGACUCUCAAAGGAACAAUCUGGUUUCCUUGAAGAGAGUUUCAAAGAGCACAACACUCUGAACCCUAAGCAAAAGCUGGCUCUUGCGAAACAGCUCGAUCUUCGUCCACGCCAAGUAGAAGUAUGGUUCCAGAACAGAAGAGCAAGUGAUGGAUUGGAUGGGUGGAUGCAUGCAUGCAGGAGCAAGUUGAAGCAGACAGAGGUGGAGUGUGAGUACAUGAAGAGGUGUUGUGAGACACUGAGAGAAGAGAACAGAAGGCUUGAGAAGGAGCUUCAAGAGUUGAGGGUUUUGAAGACUUUAAACCCAUUCUGCAUGCACUCACCACCAACAACCUUGACCAUGUGUCCUUCCUGUGAACUUGUUGCCACCAAUUCCACCACCACCACCAGUAAUGCAUCAUCCAAUACUGUUACUGUCAAAACCAUUCACCAACCCACCACCCCACAAAAUCUAAAAGGGUUUGUCUAA